AUGGCAGCUUUUCAGAAUGAGCAGCUCGGGAAAGGGCGUAGUUCAAGGUCCUUCUCUCUGGAUGAGUUGAUAAUGGGUACUAACAACAGUAGCAUCGUGUCCAAGCGCAGCGUGGAAAAAUUAUAUUAUCCCGGAGAACCACAUUACUUUCGCUAUUUUGUUAAAAAAUUUCAACGACGCGCGCCGCUCAUAAAUCGUGGGUAUUGGUUGAGACUCAGGGCUAUUGAUAUUAUAGUUCAACAAUUCCUCCAAGAACAUCGGGACGAUAAGAGGGUCGUUAUAAAUCUCGGUUGUGGUAGCGAUGUUCUUCCAUGGCGACUGAAUUCCCGAUACGCAGCGCUUUGCGAGGAUGUUCAGUUCGUAGAUAUUGACUAUCCCAACCUGAUGCGCAGCAAGCGCUCAAUCGUGUUGGAGACUCCAAUAUUGAGGGACAUUCUAGAGGAAAAUUACAGCACAAGCAUAUCAGAUGAUGAUCUGGUGCUACUGCGAAGUGAUCGGUAUUGCCAGAUCGGAUGCGACCUUCGUGAACUUGGAAAGUUGAGGGAAUCGCUGGACACGUUCGCUGUCGGCAGCCAUGUUCUCUUUGUCGCUGAGGUUUCCAUAACAUAUAUGGACACGGAGUAUGCUGAUUCCCUGAUUCAGUGGGCAGGCGAGGUUGGAAAUUCCCAGUUUUGCCUGCUGGAGCAGCUACUCCCUUGCGGCCCAGAGCAUCCAUUCGCAGUCACCAUGCUCGAACAUUUUCGCAGACUAAAUACGCCACCAAAAUCAGUACUAAAAUAUCCCACGCUCCCGGCUCAAGUCAACAGAUUCAUAAACCGAGGAUUCAGGAGCGCCCAGGUUUGGGACUUAUGGGAAGCAUGGUCGAGCGACAAGUUUGUUAGCGAACCUGAAAGAGCAGCCCUGGAUGAAAUUGAACCCUUCGAUGAGUGGGAGGAAUUCGCCUUAUUUUGCCGACACUAUUUCAUCAUUCAUGCCUCAAACGCGAACCUCGACGCUCCAGCAUCGUGUCAAAAAAGAAUCAGCAAGCAACCCGUGGAAGGAAACCUUGAACUAUAUGCCUCGGCCAUAGAAAAAGUUCCGGAAGGGCCAAAGAGGCGAUAUGGGGAUGCUUUACGUCUGAGAAACCCUGCCGGAGGAAAGUUUGCGAUCAAUGUCAUGGGAAUAGGAACUUCUGGACGAGAAGGAUCGUGUGACAUUUUUAGCCUUGACAAGCAACCCGAAGCCCCAGCGCUAUGCCUGACUGGUCCCGCUCCUCGCAUGGGUCACACUUUGACAGACUUGGGAGAGUUUGGCGUCCUCCUCGUUGGAGGUCGCAGUUCACCAGCCAAUGCUUUAUCAGACUGUUGGAUUCUCAAGAGAGGCACGACAUGCGAGUGGAAACCCACCUACCAUCUCCCUGUCCCCUUAUUCAGGCACUCUUCCAUCCGAUUGCAUGGAACCUGUCUCGCUCUGGUUGCUGGUGGGAAAACAGGACCAUCAUCAAUCUCGGCGGAAUUCUACGUCUUUCAUGCUUCAAAGGGUUGGUUCAAAUGCCAGGUUGUUGGAUCCAAGCCUCCGCCCACUUUCGGAGGAAUUUUGUGCAAUAGCAAUUAUCGCGGCAGACCAAAUGAUCUGUACACCGGUUUGCUUGCCGGCGGCAUUGGUCAGGAUUUCCGGAUCAAUGAGCAAACCUAUACUUGGCAGCUGGAACUUUCUGAUUCACAUCCCGUCCUACGAUUUGAGUUAUGCCCAAAAGACGUUCAUACCGACCAGCUCUCAGUGUUCGGAGCACGGACCGUCGACUUCCGCUCCCAUACACUGAUAUGCGGAGGCACGGGCUUGAAUUCUUUUUCACAAGGUCAAGUAAUUCUUUCAGUAAAAAUGAAUACUCGCGACUCGUUUGCCGUUUCGGUUCUUGGCAAUCAUACAGGGAAGGCUAUGCCGCUUAUGAUCGGAUCCUCAGUUCUAGAAGUUGAUGAUGGUGUAGCGAUAUUAGGGGGCGGCGCCACUUGUUUUUCCAUGGGCACAUACUGGGAAGUUGGCGCCCGCAUCAUCAGCAUCGUCGACCGCGAAGGCUACCGUGAGAAUAUGAAGUCUGCUGAAAAAAAAUGCCCACUUCUGCAAUUUGUGGGAUCGCAGAGAUUCAACGGGAGCACUAUACGCCGGGAGGAGUGUCUAGCACCUAAUCAAAGUACAUCGACAGUCACGCCAAUACGGCGAAUACUUCUGGAAUCACCGGAACAGCUCAGUGACAUGGCCAAAGCAGGGCUGCCAGUGAUAAUCGAGAAAGCUGACUUGGGAGCUUGCGUGCGCAAAUGGACACCAGAAUACAUGGUAGAUCGUGUGGGUUACAAUACUAAGGUCAUCAUACACGAUUGCAUACGAGAUACCGACAAACUGGACUUCAAUACCAAGAAUUUCAACUACAAAACGGAAAAAUUUGGGAUUGUUAUGAAGCGAGCGGCUGCUGGGGAGCGAAUAUACCUCCGAGCUCUGUCACAUGACAAACCUGCAGACAUAGCCACGAAUAUUGAUAACGACUUCCCUGGUUUGGCUGCCGACUUUCGUCUUCCCGGUAUGAUGCAGUGCAUCCGAAAUUGCUUAUUCAGCUCUGUUCUCAGAGUAUCCGGUAAAGUAAAUAUGUGGUUGCAUUAUGACGUCAUGGCGAACAUGUAUACCCAAAUUGCAGGGUCCAGGCGCAUGAUACUCUUUCCGCCUGGUGAUAUAAGUCUCCUUUCUUUUACUCCAGGGGCCUCAACUUCAAGUCUCGACAUCUUUUCUAUGCUGAAUACCGCUCAAAUGGAAGGGUCACAUCCCUAUGAAGCCGUACUUGAACCAGGAGAUAUUCUGUUUCUUCCCCCUCUUUGGCCACAUACAGCUACUGCAGUUACAAAUAUGAGCAUAGCUGUUAAUGUCUUCUUUAAAAAUCUCGAGGCCGGGUAUGCUAUGGGCAGAGAUGUUUACGGAAACCGGGAUCUUGCUGCAUAUGAGAAGGGACGACUGCAUAUAGCUCGGAUAGGGAAAAGUUUUGAAAAGCUCCCAUUAGACAUACGACGUUUUUACCUUAAAAGACUAGCUAAUGAACUAGAAACUAUAGUAGAAGGAACUUAA